AGGGCUUAGAAUAGUGUUUGGCACAUAGUAAGGACUUAACAAAUACCAUUCUUCUUGUUAUUAUUAUUCUGGCAUGGCCCUGAUACCAUUCUGGCAUGGCCUCGGCACGACCCUGGCACAGUUCUGGUACGGUCCUGGCACGACACCGAGUUCCAGCACAUGACACGAGAAGCAUCAGUGGCUCUGACUGCUCAUGGCCGUGGCAAAGGGGUUCCACCUCUCCAGCCGGCUGCCCGCCGUGGUGCCCGAGAGCUGCCUGCUGAUCGCGGUGGGGCUGGUGACCGGGGGCAUCAUCUUCGCGCUGAACGACAAGUCACCCCCGGUCAUGGACAGCGACAUCUUCUUCCUCUACCUCCUGCCGCCCAUCGUGCUGGACGCGGGCUACUUCCUGCCCAGCCGGCCGUUCUUCGAGAACCUGGGGGCCAUCCUGCUGUACGCGGUGGCCGGCACCUUGUGGAACGCGCUGGGCGUGGGCCUGUCCCUGCACGCCGUCUGCCGCGUGCCCGCCUUCGGCCUGCGCGACGUCCCGCUGCUCCACAACCUGUGGUUCGGCAGCCUGAUCGCCGCCGUGGACCCCGUGGCCGUCCUGUCCGUCUUCGAGGAGAUCCACGUCAACGAGAAGCUGCACGUCCUCGUGUUCGGGGAGUCCCUGCUCAACGACGCCGUCACCGUGGUGCUGUACAAGCUCUUCAAGUCCUUCAGCGAGAGGCCGUCCAUCCACGUGGGGGACGUGGUGGCCGGGGCCGGCCAGUUCCUCCUGGUGGGAAUCGGCGGGGUUCUGGUGGGCCUGCUGUUCGGGGUGACGGCCGCCUUCACCACGCGCUUCACGGAGCCCAUCCGGGUCAUCGAGCCGCUCUUCGUCUUCCUGUACAGCUACCUCUCCUACCUCACCGCCGAGAUGUUCCAUCUCUCCGGGAUCGUGGCGCGGGCGUCACUAUCAGCUCCACUUCUGGGUCCUGUCCAGUGCUGCCUGAGCGCACUCAGUACGGCAUCGGUGCCCCCAGGACUGCAGCAGUGCUCUCAGUACCGCAGGACUGCUCUUGCAGGAGGGAUCGUUCUCACGGCGGCCGUCGCCUCCCGCCCUGCGAUCCUUCCCAGGGUCGGUCCGCCCUUGGCCUGCGCCCGUGCUUUGCCAGCCGCGGGGAGGGGAUCAUCGCCUGCGCCACGAGCAUGAAGAGCUACGUGGAAGCCAACAUCUCCCAGAAGUCCCACACCACAGUCAAGUACUUCCUGAAGAUGUGGAGCAGCGUGAGCGAGACCCUCAUCUUCAUCUUCCUCGGCGUCUCCACGGUCGGGGACAAUCACGAGUGGAGCUGGCCGUACAUCGGAUUCACUGUCCUCUUCUGCCUUAUCUGGAGAGCGCUCGGAGUCCUGGUGCUGACGUUCUUCGUCAACAAGUUCCACGUGAACACGGUGACCCCAAAGGACCAGUUCAUCAUCGCCUACGGGGGGCUGCGGGGGGCCAUCUGCUUCUCCCUCGUCUUCCUGCUCCCAAAUUUCCGCCACAAGAAGCUCUUCAUCGCAGCCACCACAGUGGUGAUUCUCUUCACUGUCUUUGUGCAGGGAAUGACCAUCCGCCCCCUCGUUGACUUGUUGGACGUCACCCGAAGAAGAGACACUUCUCCCACGGUCAGCGAACAGAUUCACAUGCGGUUCUUGGACCACUUGCUGGCCGGCAUCGAGGACAUUUCGGGCCACUGGGGCCAGUACUACUGGAAGGACAAGCUGGAGUCCUUCGACAGCAGGUAUCUGCAGAGGGUGCUGCUGAGAGACUGGGGGCAGCCCAGGUCCAGCAUCGUGCUGCUGUACGAGAAGCUGGAGCGGAAGCACGCCAUCGAGCUGGCCGAAUCGGGCCAGCUGCUGCACUCGUCCCCCGGUGCCUCUCUGAGUGCGCAGGAGGCCCCGGCGGCCCCUCCCGCGGUGGCCCCGAACCCUGCCCUGAUGGCAAACGUCCACAAGAUUCUGGCCACCAGCCUCUACAAGAUCCGGAGAAUGGAGCCGACCUACAACCGUUACACGCUUCCGGGGGAAACGGGGGCGGCGCAGCAGGCCACCGAGAUUCUGAUCCGCCGACACAAGAGCCUUCGCCCCAGCAUCUCCCACAGCGACUCAGACCACUUUCAGAGCGAGAAUGACCCCCGUUGGACACCUCAUGCUGCUUCUGUUCGCCAGGGCCAACGGUGCCAGUCCCUCACAGUGGGAGACCCUCGGGCCACGCUGAGCCUCCAGUGCGGCCGUUCCAAGUCCACCUGCCUGGCCCUCCUGCCGCUACCGCCCAGCCGCGUCCAGUGGGUCAGCGAAGAUGACGACGACGAUAAAAGAUUAUAGUGCUCGCCUCGCCCCACUCCACCCCGCCCUUGCCUCAGCCCUGCUGCUGCCCCCUCCCCACCCCACCCCUUGCUUCUGCCCUUCUCUCCCACAUCUCCAUGUUGCCCCGCUGCCCUCCCCACCGCCAUGGAGGAACCCCUGGGCAGUGGACCGUUACCACUCGGGGAAGGGGGUCUCAGCAGAACCACAGAUCAGGGUCGGGCCAGGGGAGGGGCUGUGGGACGGCACCAUCUUUAAGGGGUCAAGGGCAGGAAGACACUUUCCCCCCCGAACAGAGUAGGAUACACUCGCUGCGGCUUGAGCUCCAUUUUACAUCUGGUCAGACUCCAUCAAUCCAUCCAUCCGAUGGACUGUGUGCACAGUCCUGGACUGAAUGUUUGGAGGAAUACAAUAGACCACAUACACAAGACCGAUCCUUUCCCUCAAGGAACUUUCAGUCUACUGUGUGCACAGCACUGUACUGAGCCCUUUGGAAGAGAACGAUAGAGUUAGUAGACACCAUCCCUGCCCUCAAGGAGCUGACAGUCUAGAUUGGGAGACUGACAUUCAAGCAAGAUACUGAAGAGAGGAAGCAGGCAACGGGGACCCGGCCAUUAGCCACAGCUUGACUUGUGGGGAGUGAACACUCCGGCAAAACCGCUCUGCAGCAGGUGAGCCGUCGCUCAGGUGCUGCUGGGAGUGAGCGACAGCAGCUCGGGUGCCGUGGGGGGUGAGUGACAGGCCCUAAGGCGCUGCAGGGAAUGAGUGACAGGCUCGGGUGCUGUGGAGAGUGAGUGACGUGCUUGGGUGCUGUCAGGGGUGAGUGACAGGUGCUCAGCUGCUGCAGAGUGUUCACAACAGAUGCGCAGGCAUUGUGGAAGGGCCGGCUGGGACACUAGGGGUAGAAUCGGGAGCAGAAUGGCUCAUCGGGGAGGGCUUCUGGGAGGAGACACUAGGGCGACCCUCAACUGCUCGAAAACACAGCCACUCUAGGGUGAAAACAUUCCAGGGCCUCAUUGCAGAAGGGUGUCAGCCCGAGACCUCGCCGUCUUCAUUUAGGCUUCGUAUAGUCGUACCCCCUCACCCCACCCUCUCCCUUGAUGCUAUUUCCUAGUUCAGCAGCGGUCUUGGGACAUUCAUUUGGGAGUUGAGAAUCAUCUCCCCCUCCCUCGAAGCGGGAACAGAGAGGGGCAGUCGGCCACCCCAGAUCCCACAGGAAGCUGUCCGUCCUGGCCGGAAUGAAAACUUGGAGUCCCAGAGCUGCAGGCUUAUCUUGGGGAGGGCUCGGGGCCUGGGCAGCAGAAGGGAAGUCGAGGGGUGGGGAAUUAGGGACGGAGAGUCUGGAGAGUUCAGGGCCUAUCUGAACCCAGACAGGAAAGGAUAGAAAGGGCCGGGGGAAAGAAAGGCAGACGGUCAGUUGCACUUAUUGAGCGCUCACUGUGUGCAGAGCACUGUACUAAGCGCUUGGGAGAGUACAGUACAACAAUAA